UUAAAUUCUCAUCAUAAAGUCUUAUAUCUUCCCUAGAGAAAAAUUACAAGUUUCUGAAAGAUUAAAAUACUAGUACUAGUACUAAUAAACAAAAAAAAAGUGCUAGGAAGUAACAAUCAUAAAGAGCCUCCACUCACAUUCCCAACUCCCAAUAAACCUAAAACAAGAAUCAUAACAUACCAUAUUCUAGUUUUCUACUAUAGAUAACUCUGAUAUUGCUAUGGUUUCCAUGUUAUAGAAACACCAUUUUUUUUACAAUGAGCAAAUCCAAAAUCCAAAGAAAGGUUACCAUUACAAAUCAUAUAAGCCAAAAAGAAAACCAAAAGCCACAAAAAACAGAAAAACAACCCUCUUGGGCAGUGGUAAGAGGUUUUUUGGCUUGUAAGAAUGUUCAAAUCCAACAACAGCAGCAGAAGGAAGCAAAACAGCAACAACAACCUCAACCUUUACCAGAACCAAAACAACCAAAGAAAAAACAAGAACAAAGGAAGCUGAAAGAAGAAAGAGUCUCAGAAGAUACCAACAAGAAAUGCAAGAAGAUGAAAUGUUCAGGUUCACUCUGCAACAACACUGGAAUGACAAUGGCAAAGCCAGAAACAACAACUUCAGCAACAACAACAAGAACAACUACAGAUAUUCACAAGAAAAAGGUUUCACUUGGUGGAUGCAAAAACAACUUGGCUUCUAGUUCAAGCAGAUCCAUGAAAGCUCCUUUGAAUGAACUCAACGGAAGAACUGUGUCGGCCUCUUCUUCGUCUUCGCUUUCAGCAGCAUCUUCUAACUCUUCAGGAGCUGGUUCUUUCAGGGGAAUGCAGUUUAGGAGACUCUCCGGUUGUUACGAGUGUCGAAUGGUUGUUGACCCUGUUCUUGGUUUCACUAGAGACUCUUCUCUAAGAAGUUCCAUUUGUUCUUGUCCUGAUUGUGGUGAGAUUAUGAAAACUGAAAGCCUUGAACUUCAUCAAGCUGUCAAACAUGCAGUUUCUGAGCUGGGUCCAGAAGAUACAAGCAAGAACAUAGUUGAAAUAAUAUUUCACUCAAGCUGGCUAAAGAAGCAAUCUCCCGUCUGUAAAAUCGACCGCAUCCUUAAAGUCCAGAACACACAGAAAACCAUAACCAAGUUCGAAGAGUACAGAGACUCAAUCAAAGCAAAAGCAACAAAUCUCUCAAAAAAACAUCCCCGCUGCAUAGCAGACGGAAACGAGUUACUAAGGUUUCACUGCACAACCUUUGUUUGUUCUUUAGGCCUAAACGGUUCCUCAAAUCUCUGCAACUCAACAUCACAAUGCAAUGUGUGCGGCAUAAUAAAACACGGGUUUAAGUUGAAUGGUGGCGAUGGGAUAUUGACGACAGCAACGAGUGGGAAAGCACACGACAAAGCUAGUAGUGUUUUGGAUGUUUCAGGUUGUGAGAGUGGUGAUGAGAAGAGGGCAAUGUUGGUUUGUAGGGUGAUAGCAGGAAGAGUGAAGAAGAACAUGGAAGGUGGUAGUAAUGUUAUGGAAGAGUAUGAUUCUGUUAGUGCUGGUGAUGCUGGGGCUUAUUCUAAUUUGGAUGAGUUGUAUGUGAAUAAUCCUCGAGCUAUUUUACCUUGCUUUGUUGUAAUCUACAGAGGCUUUUGAUAAUGUGUAUUGUUGGAUUAGGGGACGAAAUUUCUUUGCAAUGUCACUUGAUGGUGUUUUUAGUUCUUUUCUUAAUUAAUAGUGUCCUCUAGCUAAAUUUAGUUUAGUUCAGUGGUGUUUUUUAGGGGAAGUAGUAGAAUUGCAUUUAUGUAUGUAUUGGUGAUAUCACAUUAUCACUCCCACUAACAUCAAUGAAUAGACUUAAACUAGGAUUGUAUAUUUAAGGCGAUCAUUUACCUCAAAAUAAGCGUUAGUAUAUGAAAGCAGUAGCUGAAAGUUUUGUUUCCAUUCAAACAAUGGAUGGGUCAUA